AACCGCGUUUUGCCUUUUUGUUUCCCUUAUUCCUUUAUAUUUCAUUUCCUCCUCACAACUCACAACUCAACUCAACAAAUUCAUAAACUUGUUUCCUCUAAAUCCUAAUCUCUUCCUUCCCGCCAUGAAAUUUUCUCAAUCUUCUUAUAACACUAAUACCACCUUCCAUGGCUGCUUCUCUCCUCUCUUUGCUAUUACUACCACUUCUUCUUCUUCUGCCAACACUUCAUUCCCUCUCAACUGUUUCCAUUUCUGAAACUUCUAACCAAAUUCUUAUCUGUGCAGUGACAUUGACAGUACAAUCCAACAACAGCCGAUCUUUUUCUAAGUCUUUCAAUUGUACUAACUUUGGUACCGGGAUUCGACUUCCGUCUUCCAAUCCCGAUUUUUCGGAAACUGUUUCAGGAAAUGGUUUCGUUUGCGGGUUGACUAAGUUGCCUCAACAAUCCGCCUUGCUUUGCUGGAGAUUCUCCACCGUUACUGGUGCCUCGGAUUUUCAGUACAAGCGAAUCUACCUUGGUCCAUAUCUGAGUGAACUCGACGCGGGAGAUUCCCACAUUUGUGGAAUAGUCAGCGGGACCAAUCGCCUUGAAUGCUGGCAAUGGCACGGAUUCAACUCCUCCUCCGGGAGUCAACAGAAUUUCUCCAAAAUCUCAGUUGGGCAGAAUUUCUUGUGCGGGAUAUUGGGAGAUACUCAAAACGUCUCUUGCUUAGGGAGCAACAAUGGCGUCGUGGGGAGUGUGCCCGGAGGAAGAUAUACUGAAAUCGCUGCUGGGUUUUCUCACGCUUGCGCAAUCGCCACGAAUGGAAGCUUGGAAUGUUGGGGAGAUAGUCAAGGAAGAGAUAAUCAGCCCCAAGAAAAGUUCCAGUCCCUGGCUUUGGGAGAAAACCGAAGCUGUGGUUUGAGACCAAACGGAACAGUGAUUUGCUGGGGCCAAAACAACUUCGCCUUGCCACAGUCUCUUAGGCAGAGUGAGUUCAUCGCUAUCGAAGCAAAACGCAGAGUUUUUUGUGGAGUUUUGAAUUCCAACUUCUCUUUGCAUUGUUGGGGUAACCGAUACUUUGAGUCUAAAACUGUUGUGUUUGACAAAGUCUUGCCUGGUCCCUGCAGAAGUAAAUGUCUCGGUUCAGUGUUACCAGGCUCUGGGUUAUUCUGCCCACAAGGAUUAAGUGUUUGUAGAGCAGAGAUACCCAAUUCUUUGCCUUCUCCUUCACCGGAGACUCCAGUUCCACCGCCACCUCCUCCUCCGCCGCCCUCGCCCCGUCGGAAGUCGGGUUGGAGUAAGCAAAUGGUGGCUUUUCUUGUGGUGGGUUGCGUUGGAACAACGGCAUUAGUAUUGGUUUGUUGUUUCUUUAUUUGGUUAAGGUUUUCUAAGGUUAGUGGGAGUCGAGUACAUGACUCAGGCCGGUUAGACGAUGCAGUUGAAGCUGGUUCUAGCAGAAACAACCAGAGUGGUCCACGCAGCACUAAUGAUCAUCAUCAUCGUCAAAGCCACUCUGGUCCGGUGCUUGAAAAGCGACUAAGCCAUUUAAUCAGUCUAGGAAACAAUGGGAAUCACUUGGAAGAAUUCUCCUUAGGGGUCCUCCUUGAAGUCACUGACAAUUUCUCUGAAGAGCGAAAAAUUGGAAGUGGCAGUUAUGGUUCGGUGUACUACGGAAAGCUAGACGAUGGCAGAGAAGUAGCCAUCAAAAGGGCUGAAGCAUCGACAUCUUCGUCGUUUGUGGGUGCUACUGCCACAAAACGACAAGAGGACAGAGACAACGCUUUCGUCAGAGAACUAGAAUUCCUUUCACGGUUAAACCACAAGAAUUUGGUUCGCUUAAUUGGGUUUUACGAGGACAACAAGGAGAGAGUUUUGGUGUACGAGUACAUGACCAAUGGCUCCCUCCACGACCAUCUCCACAAACCACACGAGAGCUCGCCCUCGCCUCUCAUCAGCUGGUCCGAGCGAAUCAGGGUGGCCCUUGACGCAGCCAGAGGGAUCCAAUACCUCCACGACUACGCAGUCCCUUCAAUCAUACACCGUGACAUUAAGUCCUCCAACAUACUAUUGGAUGCCACGUGGACUGCCAAGGUGUCAGACUUUGGCCUCUCAUUAUUGGGGCCCGAAGAUGACGUGUCACACCUCUCUCUUCGUGCUGCGGGGACAGUAGGUUACAUUGAUCCAGAAUACUUUCGGCUCCAAAUUUUAACCACUAAGAGUGACGUUUAUAGUUUUGGGAUAUUGUUGCUCGAGUUACUUUCGGGGUUAAACGCCAUUCAUAAAAAUGAAAUCGGGGUGCCAAGAAAUGUGGUCGAUUAUAUGGUACCAUUUAUUAUACAAGAUGAGAUACACAGAGCUUUAGAUCCAAACGUCCCACCACCGACUCCAUUUGAGAUUGAGGCAGUGGCAUAUGUGGGGUACUUGGCUGUUGAUUGUGUCACAUUGGAGGGUCGAGACAGACCAUCUAUGACAGAAAUUGUAAGUAGCUUAGAACGAGCCUUGGCUGCGUGUUUGGCUCGGCCACAGCUCUCUCGGUCCUCAACCGAGUCUUCCACGUAGAUAUUACACCACCAACUCUGACUUGGUCAAUUUGUAAAUCAAAACUGAUUCUUCAUUUCUUUUCUCUGUAUUUAAUUUUUAUUUAUUAUUAUUAGUAUUAUUUCACACGUAAAAAAAUUCAAAAA